UGCCAAGAAGAAUGAUCGAUUGAUUGAGGGUGCGUAAAGAUGUCCCUUUGGAAAUCUCUCCACAAAAGAUUUUUUAAGAGAAUUUGUCAUAUCCUUCUUUUAUAGCUUCUGUUUGAUUAUUUGUGGGGCGUCGAAUGUUGGAUGCAGUCUCACCAUUUGGAGUCGUGAGAUAUUCAUCCUUGUACAAUGGAAAUAGGAGAAGAAAUAAUAAAAAGUUACAGGAUGGAAAAUAUGAUUAUCAUAAAGAAUUAGAAGAAAGGUCAGGGUAUUUGGAUACUAUUCCCGAGGAAACCAGGGUGAAGGAGGCCCUCAAGUUGGAGGAGGAACCAACUUUGGAAGAGUGUUCCUGUCCGUUAUCACAACAACAGAUAUGUAAAGAAGAAGAACAGUUUGUGAAAACUCAAGAAAAGGGAUAUAAGUGGUCACAGAGGACCACCGAAGGUCGUAGUGUAUGGACUGAUCGAUUGGAACUGGAAGAGGAGACACUAGCAGCCCCCCAAACGAGGAUAAACCUAGUUUCUCAAGCAGUUGAUAUAACACGGAAUACAAUCUACUCUAUCUCAGAGGAUAGUUAUGGCAAUAAUGAGAGGAAAGAACCGUUAUCACCUUCGACAGAUUGGCAAGGAUGGUUGUUAUUACCCAAGAUCAAAUCUUUGGCACUUGAUUUUCUACUAUGCUACAUUGAAGGUGUUACUCUUCGUCCAGAAACCAUUCAAAUGAUAAGAAGGAAAUAUACUAAUAGCAACGGGAAGGAAACGUUUAAGAAGAAGAAAAACAACUAAGUAUGGUUUGUUGUGAGUGUAUUAUGUUGUGGGAAAGAGGGUUGAUUGGAAAUGCUCUGUAGACAAACAUCUGUUGUUGUAUUAUUAUAUGAAAUAGUUGAUAAUAUUGUUUGUAAGGAUUGUUGAUAAAUGUACUUUUGAACCACCGA